AUGUGGUGCUUGUCAGAAGUCUUAUUGAACUGUGGACAUACUGUCACAGCUUGCUGCUCUGAAAAACAAAAAACGAAAUGCUCAGUGGAAGUAGAGAAAACAUUUGCUACGUGUAAUCAUCAUUGGACAGUACUAUGCCAUAAUUAUGAAGAUGCGCGAUGCGGUGAAAAGUGUGAUCGAAUUCUGUCGUGUGGUCAUCGUUGUCAGUCGCUAUGUGGAAACUGCACAUUAGAGGGAUGUGCUAGUUGUAUGUCACUUUGUGGUAAACGACUUCCUUGCGGUCAUGAUUGUUUGCGUACAUGUGGAAUACCUUGUGAUCCCUGCAUAGCUUCUUGUUCAAAUCAAUGCGGGCAUUUACAUUGUGGUCAACAAUUUAAUUUACUUGAGGAACAAAGAGCUCGAUGUGCUGAUUUUUGCAGUUUUUGCGUACAGCGUUGCAUGAAUAGUUGCAAGCAUCAGAAAUGUCAAAUGCAGUGCUGGCAAAUAUGUAACAUUACCCCAUGCAGUUUUUCAUGUGACAAGAAGCUCGAAUGUGGACAUAUUUGUCUUAGUCCAUGUGGCGAAAUUUGUCCAGAUGUUUGUGCUGAAUGCCAGGGAAUAAAUGUUCCUAUAUUGCAGUUUCAAGGAUGUAAAUGUAUUGUUAGUGUUGAGGAAGCCGAUUUGCAUAUACGAGAACAGAAAUCAAGCAAGCAACAAUAUACAUGUCCAAAAUGUGCUUGCAAACUCCCUGCCAACGCUUGUUUUCGAUAUGCAAGAGAAUUGAAAGAACAAAUUAUUAACAAUGAAAAAAUCAAAUUCGCAAAACUGUUAACCGAUGGUUUAUUUAUCAGCUCACACUGUGACAUUUUGAAACAAGCUGAAGAUGAUUUAAACGCUGCUGCAACAGAAAUAGCCGAAAUAUUAGACUUGGUUAUAACGAGGCUGAACGCGGAAUUCUACAGUUAUUCAGGUGUCAUGAAAUGGCAGGUAAUGGUGAACAUGCUUUCUGAUAUGUGCCGAUUAGCUAUGUAUAUCACUACCGAAAAGUUCACUUCUAUUCCGAGGAAGCGUUCUCCCAACUUGCAUAAACUGUUCCAUGAUUCUCUUGGAACAACAAAUAACAUUUUUCCUGUGCUGGAAACGGAUCUUCUCAAUUUAUUAGCGUUUGCAAAGUUAUUGAAAACGGAAUCACCGUCAAUGUUAGAAAUACCAAUAUCAAAUGGGCUACGAAAAGUUUCUAUCAAAUAUAUGCUUGGACGGCUUGCAAAUGAUUUUAUUAGAAAACUAAAAGAUUUGGAAAUUUGUCAAUUGAAUGGUUUACUGGAAAUAACGAUAAAGGCAUUGGACUGGUCUAGUGAUGCGGAACAAAAAAAAGCAUCUAUUCGAUUUGUACAAUAUUAUCGUGAUCUCUAUGAAGUUUUGAACAUGCAACAUAUGCUGAUCAAUGAUUUGCAGUGUAUGAAUUUUCCUUGUUAA